UUUCUUGAGGAAACACAAGUGCCAAGGUCCAGUCCUGCUCUGAGGCCCAUCCCAGCAGAAGGAGUAGCAGUGCUUGCCCCUUGGCAGCAGGGCAGGGACUAAUCUGGUGUUUCUUCCUCCCAUGCAGGACAUGCCUGGUUGCUGAGCAGAACCGAGGAGCAGGGUCCUGUGGAAGGGCCUGGAAAGCUGGAGCCACCAUGGGCUUCCCUGGGGAGUAUGGGUGAGGUGGAUUCCCUGAGACCAGCGAAGGACCAGUGGCACAAGGGCCAGGGGAUGACCCCAAAGCAGGAGAAUGUAGCAGCGAACGAGGUCCCAUCUCUAGUUGGGCAUUGGAGUGAAGAAGGGAAAGAAGCCCGAAAGAGCCCAAGGUGCAGGGAUGAAUAUGUCAUGCUGAGACACCAGAAGAGGCAGAAAGGAAAGGUCCACUGGAGAGAGACACUGCAUGCAAACCAAGGCAGUGUGGGGGGCCUCAGAGGGAAGCAGGAGCCCACCACCAAGCGCAGGGGGAGAGACCACUCCUGCCCUGAGUGCAGGAAAAGUUUUAGCUGCCCCUUGCGCCUGGCUCUGCACAAGAUAAAGCAUGCUGGGGAGAAGCCCCAUGUACGUGCCACGUGUGGGAAGAGCUUGACCAGCCUCUCUGUGCAGAGGAUGCAGCAGCCACACGGCUGCACAAGGUGUGGGAAGAGCUUCAGGCAGCCCUCCAGUCUAGCCAGGCACAGGUGCAUGCACGCAAGGGAGAAGCGUCAUCCUUGCUCUGUGUGUGGGAAGAGCUUCAUCUCCUUGUCCAAACUGGCUCGACACCAGCUUACCCACACGGGGGAGAAGCCACAUAAGUGCUCUGAAUGUGGGAUGAGCUUCGCCCAAUCCUGCAACCUGAAUGUGCACCAGCGCAUCCACACUGGGGAGAAGCCACAUCACUGCUCUGUGUGUGGGAAGAGCUUCACCCAAUCUUCCUCCCUGAAUGUGCACCAGCGCAUCCACACUGGGGAGAAGCCACAUCGCUGCUCUGUGUGUGGGAAGAGUUUCACCUACCCCUCCCACCUGGCCCGGCAUCAACUGAUCCACGAGCAGGCGAAGCCACGUCAGUCCUCUGAGUGUGGGAAGCACUUCACCCAUUAUGGCAACCUGACCCAGCACCAGGGCAUCUGCACCGGGGAGAAGCCACAUAAGUGCUCUGUGUGUGGGAAGCACUUCACCCAAUCCUUCUCCCUGACCAAGCACCAGUGCAUUCACACAGGGGAGAAGCCACAUCAGUGCUCUGACUGUGGGAAGAGUUUCACCUGGUCUUCUGCCCUGGUCCGGCAUCAGCUGAUCCACAUAGGGGAGAAGCCACAUCAGUGCUCUGUGUGUGGGAAGAGUUUCACCUGGUCCUCCGAGCUUGUCCGGCAUCAGCUGGUCCACACAGGGGAGAAGCCACAUCACUGCUCUGUGUGUGGGAAGAGCUUCACUCAAUCCUCCUCCCUGACUGUGCACCAGCGCAUCCACACUGGGGAGAAGCCACAUCAGUGCUGUGUGUGUGGGAAGAGUUUCACCUGGUCUUCUUCCCUGGUCCGGCAUCAGCUGAUCCACAUAGGGGAGAAGCCACAUCAGUGCUCUGUGUGUGGGAAGAGUUUCACCUGGUCCUCCGAGCUGGUCCGGCAUCAGCUGGUCCACACAGGGGAGAAGCCACAUCACUGCUCUGUGUGUGGGAAGAGCUUCACUCAAUCCUCCUCCCUGACCAAGCACCAGCGCAUGCACACGGGGGAGAAGCCACAUCACUGCUCUGUGUGUGGGAAGAGCUUCACCCAAUCCUCCUCCCUGACCAAGCACCAGCGCAUCCACACAGGGGAGAAGCCACAUCAGUGCUCUGUGUGUGGGAAGAGUUUCACCUGGUCUGCCCUGGUCCGGCAUCAGCUGAUCCACAUAGGGGAGAAGCCACAUCAGUGCUCUGUGUUUGCGAAGAAUUUCACCUCAUCCUACAGUCUGGUCCAGCAUCAGCUGAUCUACACGAGAAAGAAGCCACAUCAGUGCUCUGAGUGUGGGAAGAGUUUCACCUCGUCCUCGUCCUUGACCGUGCACAAGCGUAUCCACACAGGAGAGAAGCCAUAUCAGUGCUCCGAGUGUGGGAAGAGCUUCAUUCAUUCCUCCUAUCUUGCCAAGCACAAGCGCAUCCACACAGGGGAGAAACCAUAUCAGUGCUCUGUGUGUGGGAAGAGCUUUGCGCGAUCCUCCUACCUAGCCCAGCACCAGCGCAUCCACAAAGAAGAGAAGCCGCGUCAUUGCUCUUAGUGUAGGCAGAGCUUCGCCUACUCCUCCAGGUUGUGCCGAACACCAGUGCAUCUACACAGGGGAGGAGCUACAUGGGUGCCCUGAGUAUUGGAAAAGCUUCACCCAUCUCUCCCACCCCUCCUGGAAUCAGCACAUGCACACCCAGAAGCGUCCCUAGUUCUGCCAGCAGUGCAGGAAGGGCUUGGAGAUGUCUGCCUGCUCAGCACCCACCAGUGCUGCAUUCGGACAAGCACCCCCAUGCCGGUGGAGUGCAGAAAGAUUUUGUUCAGGCUGUGCCCCUUGUAGGGUACAGUGGGAAUCCAGAGCCCAGAGGCUGGCCCACAAGGAUUGAUUGUGGGGAGAGUCUAAGAAGAAACACCUCAGGUAGAAGUCCGCCUCCAUGCGGGGCAAGGAGAAGAGGAGGAAAUGAUCUUGCAUCAGCCUUGGAGUCUGUGCAUUCCCCAUCCUUCUCUAAAAGCAAAUAGUACUUCCAGGGGAAGAAGUGCCUUAACGGUAGGGUGCCCUCCCCAAGACAGCUGGCGUGAAAUGACACCCAGGGACUUUCCGUGGCUGCCUCCCAGCUUUCUCCUUCCUCCUGGUCCAGGGCUUCUGGCAUAUGAGCCCCUGAGUUGCAGGGAGCAGUGCAUUUCUGGCUGGGCAGCAUUCCCUACCCUCCUCCCUGACCUCGCCUUUCCUCAUCCCCACAUCACCCCUCUCCCAGACCUGCACAUGCCCAGUAGGGUCCGCCAGGAGCUGCUACUGCCACCCCCUGAGCUGUUUGUUAGACCUGACUCUACGCAAUGCCCCAAACUAGGGAGGCAGUGGAUCGAUGCACAAAUUGCUUGUCAACUGCUUUAUUCCAAGUGGAGACAGCUUCGGGCCAGCUUCAAUAAA